AUUGAUGAUUAAAUUCGAUAGCGUUUCUCUAUAGGAAAAUUAUCUUAUCAACUUUGCCACAUGCUGGCAUUUUGAUGCUUCGUCGAGUGCUAGGAUAGCUAUGAAUAUCGCAGCCGUGAUAGGUGCUACUGGUGAUGGUUCAAAACAAUGUUCGUUUCUGUGAAGAUUUCAGCCAAGAUAGUAGCUUCGAUAGCCGUAGUUUUGCUGCUCUGUACGAUUGCGGUGGUAAAUAGUGGAGCGAGUAAUCUUCACAUGUACGAUGGAGUACGAACGCAGGACAUCAUAGCUGGUGACGUGUUCUUUGAGAUCGUCGAUCCGCCGGAGUUGGAAUAUACCUACCGGAUACGGCCGGCCAAGGACUUUGGAACGUCGUUUGAGGCAGCUUCGUCCAAAGUGACGGAAGGCAAACUGGUUCCGGCUAUUCCAUCCGAUGCCUGUGAACCACAUUUCAUCAAUGAAAAGGACCUGAGGGGGAAUAUCGCCUUGGUUGAACGAGGAGAAUGCUCGUUCCUGACGAAAGCAAUAAACAUCGAGAAGGUGGGUGGCCGGUCGGUGAUCAUUACGGAGAUUGAUUCCAGCUCCGACGACUAUGACUACUACAUUGAGAUGAUUCACGACAAGACCGACCGCGAAACUCACAUUCCGGCUGCCUUUCUGCUAGGCAAGAACGGGCUUAUCAUUCGCAAGACGCUCGCCAAGCUCCAUCUGCGGUAUGCGCUUAUCAACUUGCCGGUGAACUUGACUUUUGUUGCGCCGCAUCAAAUCAAUCAGCCACCGUGGCUACAGUGGUGAAAGGGAGAAUACGCUUGUGUUAGAAUGAUGGCGCAUAGAUACAAUGCAUUACUGACUCCAGAGUGCUUGAGUGAGAUCAUCUAUCCCAGUGUGAUAUUUGCUAGAAAAAAAAAUGGUAUUAAUGACUAAUGUUCUAAGAGAGACUAAUUUUCUAGUCAACUUGUGAGAAGGAAAGAAACGCUAAGCAACAACGGAAGACAAUUAAAUACUUGCAAUAAACUCACUGAAAGCUGUUCAUCAAAA